UAUACGAAUCUAAAUGUUCUAAAUACUUUCACUUUUGACGUUUGGCAACGCUGUCUUGAAUUGAAGCCAUCAGAAGACAUAAACGAUAAAAAGAAGAAAUAUUAUAACCUUUGGUAUUUUCUCUUACCAGUUAUAAACAAAAUAAAAAGGAUUAAUAGAAAAAAAAUAUAAUAUCCUGUUACAUAGUCAAAUAAUUCUAACAGCAUUAUAUUCUAUUCGUGUAAUAUCGUGACCUAUUAAAUCUAAAUUAUUAAACAUAUGCACGUGUAAGACGUUAUUAGAACUGUCAUUAUUAAGAAAAUAAAUUUAGUGAAAGAUGACAAUGGGCGAUGAGACUCCAAUUACAUCUCUUGUACUUCCCGUUAUAUUACGGCCAAUUUUAAAUAAGUUGGAGAGACAAAAUGUUAUGGCAGCUCAAACUUUAUGCACUGCACUUUCAAAAGCAGAAAAUUCAUAUCCUGGUAUAAUGCACGACCUCAUUCUUGGAAUAAUACAAAGGGCUGAAUUAAAUCUCGAUAUGAACGAAAGCGUUUUACGCUUGCAAGGCGCUGCUUCUGAUUACGACGUUGUUGAGUAUCGGACUGCUAGAUCUGAAGAUGCUUUCCAAGAAUUAAACCGUAAAUCUAUGUCACUGAAAAGAAUAUUGAGUCGUAUUCCAGAUGAAAUAACAGACCGUAAAACAUUUCUUGAAACAAUUAAAGAAAUAGCAAGUGCAAUAAAAAAGUUAUUGGAUGCUGUAAAUGAGGUUGCCGCAUUUAUACCAAGUUCGACGAGAAAACAAGCAUUAGAGCAACGUAAAAAAGAGUUUGUAAAAUAUAGUAAAAGGUUUAGUAACACGUUGAAGGAAUACUUCAAGGAAGGACAAGCAAAUGCAGUAUUCGUGAGCGCGUUAUAUCUGAUACAUCAAACAAACAUGAUAAUGCUCACGGUUAAGGAUAAAUGUGAAUAAAAAAUUCAUAUGGCUCUUCGGGGAUCGUUGGUCUGUGUGAUACCAUAACAAAAUAAUCGAUAUAUACAUAUAUAUAUAUAUAUAUAUAUAUAUAUAUAUAUGUAUGUAUUAUAAUAUUCUAUUAUUGUAGAAUCUAUUUGUUUGAAGAUUAUAUUUAAAUAAUAUGUAUAACGUGAUAAAUAGAUUACCACUAUUUUAUCCACAGUGGUUGCUUCUAAUAGCAGCGUACAAUUAUCAUACAUAUACAUGUUAAAUAAAAAAAAAACUGUUAUCUUAUUAUUAAUAUUACAACUAUUUAUAUUACAUUAGUCGCAGUUAGUUUUUUUUUCUUUUUCGUUUUAUGUUAAACAAAGAAAAAUUGUAAAUGCUUUUACUCGUUAACAAAAAACGAUGAAACAUUUGCGAAGGAAAAAAUGUAUUAGAAAAAAUAUCUUAUUUAAUUGAUUAUAAAGGAAAUGAAUAAAAAAAAAAAGUUAUUUUGUAAAACAAUGCUCGUACAAUGCAAAUAGAUGUAUCUCUUUACAAGAAAAAUAAGAAUUCAUUACGACUA